GACGAUGAAGAAUUUCCUGAAGGUGAGAAUGUAGCACCAACACAAAAUGAAUCGACAACAGAAGAAGCUAAUGAAGCUCAAUCACCCCAAAGCCAAACAUCUAAGUCAACAAGUUCACCAGAGCGUGAACCACCUGUGGAAUGUAAUUUCGAGAUAAAUAAUCAGACAAAAGUGCGGAGUGGAGAGAAACGACCGCACGACAUUGACGUUGAUUCAAAUUCUUUGUCGCCUAUACCGACGGCAAAAAUUAUGCCAACGUUAAGACUGAAUGUAGCUUUAGCAUCAGAUCCAGCUUCAAAUCCAGAAGCGAAGGAACUUCGUAACAUUCGAGUGAAAGCUGAAGAAAAUAAAUCCGAGGAUGAUGAGAUUAUGAGUAAUCAUGAAGACGCUGAAAAUAUUCUUGAAUCUGCAAAUAUCUCUAAAGCUGCUAUGAAAGCUCAACAACAGCAACAACAACUCAAUUUAGUAGCACCAAAAUCAAAGGAAAAUGUUAAUAACGUUAAUCAGAUGUUAGUUAAAAAUCUCGAGAUGAUUCCACGUCCACAUGUGUUCAUGUGCGAGCCAUGUGGCAUUCGAUUCUCAUCAUUAUCAACACUUGAAGCACAUCAGACUUAUUAUUGUUCACAUCGAAAGGAUGCUGACGAAAGUCCAUCGAAACAAGGAUCAGCUGCAGACACAAAUGGCAGUGAACCACCAACGAAAUCAAUCAAAACUGGAAAGCAGUAUGCUUGCACUCAAUGCUCUUACAGUGCUGAUAAGAAAGUUUCACUUAAUCGGCACAUGAGAAUGCAUCAAACAUCACCAGCUCCAAGUUCAACAACAUCAAAUGGUGACGAAGCUUCUAGUCAAAUUGUCGUGCAACAGUUGAUUGGACAGCCAACAGUACCAAUCGUCGUUGAUCGUUAUUGUUCUGAUUGUGACAUUCGAUUCUCAAGCACCAAAACAUAUCGCGCACAUAAGCAACAUUAUUGCAGUUCACGACACCGUGAAGGACAACCAACAACUGCCACAAAUGCUACUCCAAGUGCCGCAACAACUCCGAAGCCUCCUGGACAAAAAUCAGGAUCUCAAAGUCCACAAGAAACUCCAAAAUCUCCACCAGCUUCUUCCCAGCCGUUCUUAGCGUUGCCGACUAAUCCCAUUAUCAUCAUUCCGUACUCAUUAAUUAGGAAUGCCAGCGUCAUUCCAGGACCAUUAACAACAAUUGCACCAGUUGCUAAUCCCGAUUCAGCUUGCUUCAUUUUUCAAAAUGGAACACUUCAACCUAUUGCAAUGUCUUUAGCACCAAAUCCAUCAUCAAAUGCAAAUGCUCAACAUCAUCAAGCAGCAUCACGAACGCCAAGUGUUCCACCACAAACUGUCAAUGAAACAAAAGUGUCGAAAGCAGGCAGUUCAAGCAAUGCUAGUGGUAAUCAAACUGGAGAAGUUUUGAAAGCGGUAAAUAAGCGCGACGGUAAUCCAAGUCGUGAAACUUCAACGCCAUUAGAUUUGUCAGUUCGUCGAAUGUCGCCUGGUUCGAAUUCUCGCGAACGAAGCUUAUCACUAUCAUCAGCAAUCUCAGCUGAUCAUUUUCGAAUGGAAUUUGAUGCAAUGAUGGAAGGAAAAGAAAAUUUAUCAGUUAGUGGUGAUUCAAUUACACCUGAACAAAUUGUAUGUGCACCUUCUCUACCUGGGAGUCCGCCAUUAACCCCAUCACCGAAACGUCGUUCACAUAGUCCACGUGGUGGAAGUGUCUCAAUUUCACCAAACUCAUCAACAUCUCAUUCUCUUCUUAUGAGACCGCUGCUACCUGCUGAUAUAGCAUUGCGUUUAUCUGAUCCAUCGUUGAAUGUCAUUCCACCACAAAUGUUAGUGAAGCAAAGUAUGGAACUUGCUAUGCGAUUAUCGUCUUCGGGAACGAGCGAGACCACCAACGUGCAACAAAUCUCUCCAUCACAAUCGAUAACAUCUCCAACAGGCGUUAUAACACCCACACCAAUACCGCCACAAAUGUUUGUUAAGACUGGAAUGUCAAAAUGUAAAGAAUGCAACAUUGUCUUCUGUAAAUAUGAAAAUUAUUUGGCACAUAAGAAGCACUAUUGUUCAGCUAGGAAUUUAGAAGAUGGUGAUGGAAGUACAAAGACUUCAAGUCCGCCAAACUCACCACCAUGUGUGAGCCCAUCUGGUGUUCCUUUAACGUAUCAACAAUUGAUUUGUGUUGCUUGCGGUAUUAAAUUCACAUCGUUGGAUAAUCUUAACGCCCAUCAAAUGUAUUAUUGUCCGAAGAGAAACGAGUUGCAAGCUCAAGUUAUUGCCAGUGCCGCUGUUACAACAUCACAUAAAGAAAAAUGUUUGAAAUGCAAGACGACGCAUGAUUUAUCACAAGCUUGCACUAUUGCUGGUCAAGGUGCUUACAAGUGCCCGAUAUGUGAAGUUAUCAGUCCAAAUUCAUCAGAAGUUCGAAGACAUAUGGAGACUCAUGGUGAUGUAAAAGCUUUUAGAUGCACAAUUUGUAGAUAUAAAGGCAAUACAUUGAGAGGAAUGAGAACUCACAUUCGAAUGCAUAUCGACAAGAAGUCAGGCGAUGUCAAUGAAGAAAAUUUCAUUUCUUGUAUAUUGGAUGAUGAUAGAACUGAAAUUCCACCAGCGAGUGCUGUUAAGACGCCAUCACCAGAGAUCCAAGAACAACAGAAGAUGAAUGUGAUAAAGAUGGGACGAUUAAUGGUUAAGUCACCAGUUGAAGAUGUUCCAAUUCAAAAUGGAACUUUAGAGUCGAGCUCAGUUAGUGAAUCAAACUCGAUAAAGAAAGAACCUGAAGAGUCUUCACAAGAAGACAAUGCAAAAGAAAAUGAAGUUAACGAUGUGAUUGAUGAACCUUCACUUAUCCCUGAAAAUGUCAUAAAAGUUGAGUUGGAUGACAAAGAAGCAUCGUCAUCACCAACAAUGCAAUCGGAAUCGCCACAGCCACGUAAACAGUCACAACAAAAAAUUGUUCUAGCACCUCCGAAAAUUCCUUCGCCAUCUGAAGCAUUACGCAUGCAUUCGCCAGCUGCCAGUGUCAUUCAUAUUCAAAGUACGACUCCUCCAGUUAUAUCACCGAAUGGCUCAAGAUAUUGCACAAAUUGCGACAUAAGUUUCAAUUACGCCCACACAUUUCUCGCUCACAAGAAAUUUUAUUGUAAAAAAAAAGUUGAUCGACCAUCAAAUGGACCAUCACCAAAUGCUUCAAGCAACGUCGUUGUGACGUUAGCAGCUGAAACUUCGGUUUUGUAGGCAGAACUCAUUGAGAAAUGGCGCAAAUACCAGCACAUUCUCAAUGCUUUGACAAGAUCUUUUGGAGAAAUUUUACAUUAAAAUGAAACAAAGACUAACGAUGGUAUACGAUUUACAACAAUAAUUCAUGAUGAAUCAUCGGCAAAAACUGCUGAUGGAAAAUUUAAAAAAGAUGUUGAUAACAUAUAAUUAAAUACAAAGUCAUGGCUAUCUCUGAGUUUAUUGCCGCAUUCUCAUCUCACUCAAACAGAUUUCGACUUGACAUUAUCUAUUCUCAAUAGAAGGAAACAAAUCGUGCUAAUCACAUUGCCUGAUUCGAGCACAAUAAAUUGUAAUCGAUUUGAUGAUAUAAAAAAUAAGAAAAAAAAAGGAUGAAACUCUGUGUUAUAAAAUAAUCUUAAUCGUAGUUAAUAAUCAAAAAAGAAAAAAUUGAAUGAAAAUGCUAAAUAUUUAAUCUUAGAUAUCAAUUUUGAAACCGAAUGCACCCAAAACUUUCAAAGAUUUCUUUUCCAUUUUCAUUUGUUAAACAUUUGCUUGUGCAAUAUUAAAGUUGGAAGUUUCGCUUUGAAUUUAACAAAUAUUUCGGAUUGUUUUUUGUUGAAGAAGCCAAAGUUUAAGUUUAAAUAAAUUAGGUGAUAAAUUUCUUUUAAUAAAGGAGAAGAAAAAUUAUGGUCGAAUAAAGAAUUGAAAAUUAAUUUUUCAAUUUUGGUAGUUCAGUGUCGACGACAUUUUUUUAUGCAAAAGACUUUAUCUCCAGCAGCAGUUUAAUUCAAUUCAAUCACAUUCCGAUAGCUCAACAUAAAUUAAUUUAAUGACACAUAAUCUCGAAUUUAAAUCCACUUUUUAAGCCAUUUAAGCAUUUUAACGUUCAAUCACUGAUGGACGAUAAACAUUUCCGCUUUCUGCAAUAAACUUGUGAAGAAAAAAAAUUAAAUCAAGAGCCAAAUCUUAUGUUGGCCUUUUCGGUAUAUUUUUUCGGCAAACAAUUAAAAUCAUAAGAGUUAUCAAAAAAAUGACAAUAAAUUAAAAAAGGAGAACAUUUGUGGAAUCUGGGAAAAUAAAAAAAAGAAC